AUGUCGCAUGACGCGCAGCAGACGGCUGGUGAUGAGCAGGUAUCCGCCUCUGCUGGCAUCGACAUGCAGCAUGUCAACGAUGUAGUGUUGGAGUUCGAUGGUGCUUCGAAGCCGGUGUGUUCGGCACUGCUGCGUCUGGCCUCACCAGUUUUUGACAGAAUGCUGGGUUCAGGCAUGCAAGAAGCGCAGCAGGGAUCCAUCAAAGUGGAAGUGGCGACGCCGGGGGAUUUUGAUCUCUUCUACAGCCUUCUGCUGCCAGGCGAGUGGAGUCCCGACUUGGUCACCGAGAAGAAUGUGGAUGCACUUUUGGGCCUCAGUGACUACUACCAGGUCAGAUUCAUCAAGAAGGGUUGUGAGAAACGACUGUUGCAGUCACCUGUUACCAAGGCAAGGCUGAUGCAGGCUCACCGGCAUGGCCUCAAAGAGCAAUGCACACGCUGCGUUGACUCCUUGGCGGCACUUCUCACAGAGCAAGACCUGGUGGAAAUUGGCAACGCGUCACCAGAGCUGCUGUUACAAGUCGCGUUGGCCGUUCGAAAGCAAGCGCUAACCAUGCAGAGGCGCGUGGAUGAACUCGAACCUGCAUUGAAGAAAGCGAAGACUUGUUUUGAAUCCGUGCAAAGCCUGACAAACAAUCUGUCCGCUUGCACGCAAGGGCUUCAGGAGAGGCCCGGAUAUCAUGGGAUUCAUGGGCCAUUACGCGAAUACACGCUUGACCGGGAGAAUGGCGACAAACUGAAGAGUAUUCGAGAUGGAAUACACGCGCAGCUGUCUAGGUUUAAACUUCCGUGCUAA